GCUGACAUGAACCUCUGUGGACACAGUGAUGGUGUGUGAUACUUUCACAGCUACAAGGAGGAACUAUACACAGCAGGUAUUAGCAUGUGGUGAAAUGGAGGGAGCCGUCUUUGUCACUGUUCAGAAGAUCUAUUACCCUUUGCUGUGCAUCAUGGGAAUUCCAGCUAACCUCUUCACAUUCUACAUGAUCUGCUUCCGUAAAUGUGGGAUGUCCGACACAGCGAGCAUUUACCUGAGCUGUCUGGCCAUCGUGGAUUCCCUCUACGUCGUGUGGGUGAUCCUCAUUGACCUCAGCCUCACCUUCUGGCUGCUGCAGCCCUUCUGGCAUUCCCAUCCUUGGUGUGGCAUCCUGGGAUUCCUGCAGCACGGAUCACUGUACAGCUCCUCCUGGAUCGUGGUGAUGUUCACCAUCGAGCGUUACCUGGUUCUCCGCAGCACAGCAGCCAAGCAGCACUUCUCCCAGGCCUGGGUCACUAAAGUGACCUGUGUGGCUAUCGUCCUGGUGUCUCAUCUGGUCUCUGUGCCACUGGGCUGGAUCAACAUAGUCUCCGACGUCAACAUCACUGUGAACGGGGAGAUUGUGACACUGCCCCGGUGUCAUUACCGUGACGGGGUCUACGCGACUGUAAUUGUUUGGAUAACCAUGUUCCUCUCAGGGGGAGUCCCCAUCGUGUUGGUCAUCAUCUUCAACUACCUCAUAGGAUACCAUCUCUGCCGCGCGAGCCACCUCUUCACCAAGGAGGAGUGCCGCCUCAUGCAGGGGAGGUGCAUCAGGGGCAUGUUGAGGAGGACCAUCCUGUUGCUGGGCACCGUCUCUGUGGCCUUUGUCGUCCUCAGCCUUCCUCGCUUCGUGACCUACUCCAUCCUAAGAACCAAGUACAACUACUCCAGCUUCAACAGGAAUGACUACAGAAUUCCCAUCAACGUGGCCGGAGACCUGGCCAACAUGCUGCAGAACCUGAACUCCACCACCAACUUCAUGCUCUACUGCAUGGUCAGCCAGCGCUUCAGGAGGGAGCUGGUCCAGGUGGUGACGUGUAAGGACAAGGCCCGUGAGCUGGGCUCUGUUCUAACACACACCACCAUGAAGGUCUUCUCAGUCGUGGAUCGUAAGCCGUCGCCAGGCAGCAGACCCGUGACUGUGGUGCUCACCAAUAUCACACACACACAGUAGAAAUGACCUUUUCUCACCUUCAUCUUCUUCUCAUUGUUCACCCAUUCACACGUGCACACGUCUCUAUGGUAACCAUGUCUCACUGAUGACGUUUGUUUUCGUUAACUCGUCUCACUCUUUUAGAAAAGGGUGGAAUGUGCACUCCGGGCUGUGGGAGAGGGGGAGGAGUGAAAUAAUAAUAAUAAUAAUAGUGAAGUAAAAGUGUUAACAGUGGUCAUAUCACUAAUGUCAAAGCGGUGUUUACGUGAACGUGAUGUGAAAGUUAACGUAACAGCACAGACAUGAGUAAGCAAUGUUUUUCCCACCCGGCUGAACUGUGGUGUAAAGCAGCUCUGAGUGGUCACCACAGAAAGAAGAGAAAUACACAUGAAUACACCAGCACCAAGUCUUUUUAUCAUGACAUUUUUACACCGGAUAUUUAACUGUAAUUCGUGUCCUCUGGAUGUGGCCCCUCCCCCCGUGACUGGGGUCAAUUUAGAGUGUCAACGGGGAUCAACUGUCCAGUGACUUCAUCGAUUAGUGCAACUGAUGGAGCAACAACUGUCUGGCAUUUCCAUGGUAUCUCAUGGAACGUUCACGGUGAUGGAGCCAUGUUGUGUCCUCCAGUGGCAUCAUGUGAAAUGAUCAGUGUCAGUGUCAGUGUAUGAUGUGUCAUUUUCCCUACACUUUUUCAGUGGCGCCAC